AUAACUAAAGCUAGAAUAAAAUAUAUUAAUCAGUGGAAAAAUAGUAAUGGGAACCUAAAAUGUUUGUCAGAUAUAGAUAUGGUAGAAGGUUUUUCUGAUAAGUAUGCAAUAAAAUUAUUUGACAGUAUAUUGAAUGGACCGUUGGAGGUGGAAAACAAUGGCAUUAAAGCAAGUAAGAAAAUAAAAGGCACAAUCUUACAGCCACUUUUAUCAGAGACCAUAAGGCAGAAUUGCGAUACUGUAGUAGCAGUUUAUAUAUCAGUGAACUCAGUUUGUUGGACACUUAUAAAUCGAAAAAACUAUGAAGUUUUAGAGUGGAAAUAUCAUGGAAUCGAUUACCCAGACAGCAAGAAAUUCCAUAUUGUCGAUAUUUUGAAUAUUGCUUGGCGUGUCACACGUCGUCUUCCACUAGCUGAUAUAUAUGUGAUGAAGGCAGAAGCGACAACACUUCGUGCUGCUGGUAGCGAUCCAAACAACCCCAAAAUAUUGGCUGUGAACUUACAAAAGGCACAAAUGAUCUCUAUGAUUGUUGCUUUGAUCAAUGCCAGGAGCAAUCACUUGGGAUUAUAUGGGACAUUAGUAGGCAACGAAAAAGUGUCAACAGAUCAAACGGUGGAGAUGAUAUUACAAAAUAUAGGUGAAAAAUCAAACAAUAACUCUCAAGUUUAUGUAUCGGAAUUACUAAAAAGUUAUUUUAGAAAUCAAAAGGAUCUACAGAAAGACAUGUUAGGUCAUUGUUUAUUAUUAGCUAUGACUUUUAUGGAUCUAUGUUUAUAUAAGAGAAAAGAGAGUAUAGACAAAUUGGCAAGACCUGGUGAGUAAACUAAUUUCGACUGUUUUUAUUGAGAAUAUAAUGAGUAACAGAAUAAUAGAAAUUGAUUGAUGAUUCAAAUAGAAAAGGGAGAGAAAAAGAAGGUCGAAGAAGCAAUACUUCAGUCAUAACAACAAACUGCAUUUUGUUAAAUUUUAUUGGCUGUGUCU